AUGCGAAAAAAAAUCACAAGAAACCCAACGAACGAUAUCAAGACGAAGUUGAACCGUAUCAUCCUCCAGACUAACAACAACAGCAGUACGAAGCUCCCCCUCAUCGAAGGCGACCACAAACUGGGUUACGCUUAUGGCAACGUCAAGACCCACAAGGAAGGCCACCCCCUACGUCCUAUCAUCAGCCAGACACCAUCCGUUACUUACAAACUCGCCAAGCGCCUCAACGAACUCAUCACACCAUUCACACCAGCCUCCUUCAGUUUGAAGUCCACAACAGAGUUCCUCGAUCUCCUGAAGACUACCCGUCCCUCCAACAUCAUGGCAUCCAUGGACGUUGAAUCACUCUUCACCAACGUACCGGUCCACGAAACCACAGAUCUCAUCUGUCAACGCAUCUACCACUUAGAAGACGAAGAGCCACUCAACAUUCCCGAAGCCUCGCUACGCCUCCUUCUACAAGCAUGUACUAAAGAAGUACCAUUUUACGGACCCGACGGCAAGAUGUACGUGCAGCGAGACGGUGUGGCCAUGGGAUCACCCCUCGGCGUCCUCUUCGCCAACUGCUACAUGGGGUCCAUCGAAGAAAGGCUAUUUGCACGCCACCCUCAGCUCAAACCACAAAUCUACGCCAGGUACGUCGAUGACAUCUUCAUCAGCGUUGACACCGUGAGCCACAUCAACGAGUUAAUCACCGAAUUCAAGAACGACUCCUGCUUAAACUUCACGCAAGAAAUAGAACAAAAUAAGAAGCUCCCAUUUCUGGACACCAUGGUGCACCGGUGA